UCCCCUUGCAGCCUCCCAGCUUUCUCCACUCAAGACUGCCCCUUUGGGGAUGCUCCCCUGGGUCAAAGCUAGACGUGGUACCCCAAGGUGAGGACACCCCACGGAGAGUCCUGUGUGCCAGCCCAGUAGCAAGGGAGUGAAGAUCUGUGAUAAGAGAUGCGGAUCCUGAGCCCAUCCAGGUCCCAGAGAUCCAGGAUCCCAGAAACUUCCAAGGCUCUGGCCACGGAUCCCAACUCCCAUGAGCUGUUUGAGAAGUCCUGGCCAUCCAGCUCAGGGACCCCAUCCCCACCCAGCACCACUGAGGAACAGAUGGGUGCCUCCCCACCACCCACCCUGAUUGACACUGGUGACUCUGUGGUGGCCAAGUUCAUAAACCGGUUCCGCCAGGCUCAGCCCACAAGCCGAGAGGAACGCCAGCCUGCAGGCCCAACGCCAGCUGACUUUUGGUGGCUGCGGCCUGAAUGUCCAGACCCUAGUAGCCAACUUGCAGCAGUCAAUUGGGGCUUCUCAGCAGGAGCCAGUAAACCAGAAGGAAGACUCAACACAGCAGUCCCAACUUUUGCCAAGGUUUCCAGUGCAUCACAGGCUAAGGCUAUGGCCCCCCUUCAGGAAAUAAAGCAGAGCCUCAACACAUGGAACUCAUCCCUGCUGGACCUGGAGAUGCUGAGCCUGCAAAGCAGAGCUGCCAGGCUGCUGAAACACAGCAAGGCCUCGGUCUCCUCCUCCUCCCGCAGCCCCAGCAAUUCCAGCAAUUCCUUAUUCCCUGACAGCUCUGAUGGUCUUUCUCCCUCCUCUAUGACCGUCACCCCUGACUCCAGCAAGGGCUCUGACUGCACGGCACAUGCAACUCCGGCACCAGCCCUCAUUCCUGCUCCAGCCCUGGUCUCCUCCCAGGCACCCCUGCGGCCAGAGGAUGACAUUCUGUACCAGUGGCGGCAGCGGCGGAAGCUUGAACAGGCUCGAGGAGGUCAGGGUGACGGAACCUGGGUGCCGCCAGGGACCUCUGCCCUCACUACUCCGGUCCCUGUCCCCAUCUGUCAGCAGAACUCACCUGCCCCUGUGGAGACCCUUGGUUCCCUGGGAACACAGCCUAACUGUAUCCCACUUUGGGGCAGUGUGGCCCGGCCUGGUCCCCAGGAAGCCAUCUGUGCAGAGAGGCCGCCUAUCCCCCCAGGGUUCUUUCCACACAUCUUUCAGGGCCCCUACCCCCAUGGGUUUUUCUGGGCCCCACAGACCGCACCCUGGGUACCUUUUGGGGGCAUCCCCCCCGCGCCCUGGGUCUCUACUCCUGCUCCCCCUACCGCCCCCCAGGCCCUGCCUACCCCUGCGCCGUGCAGCCCCGCCCCGCUCGAGAAGCAGAGCCCCAAGCCUCGGAAGGGUAGAGCCCGGCGUCCAGAAUCUUCUGGGCCAGUCAGGGUGGCUGACCAGGGGCCUGGCCCGCAGCUCCGAGGCCCUCUAGGUCAAGUAGUGACCGCUCGGCUCUUCCCCGACGGCCUGGAGGACACGCCCCCUCGCCUCAAGGACCUGCCUCCACCCCUGGCUGAAUCUCCGAAAAUCAAGACCGCACACCCCCAAACCAAGGUUAUGCCCCCUUGCUCUGAAGUCGCCUCCGCUCCAUCUAAUUCACGGUUUCCUGCGGCGGAGACCCCACCCUGUGGGCCUGAGGCUGAGCCUCGGGGUGCCCAGGCCACGCCCCCCGCAGCGGGGCCCGCCCUUUGCGGGGAAGGCCGGCAGCCUCAGCGCAAGGCCCCGCCCCCUCCGGCUGAAGUUGCUUCCACACGGGUCGAGGCCCCGCCCCCUCUGCUCGAGGCGGGGUCUCCGGAGCCUGCGGUCACCUCCUCCCCGGCUGCUGGCCACGCCCCCCCGGAGGACCUGCUCCUGCAGGCCGCCCGGCUGCUGCAGGCUGCUGAAGACUCCGACGGCAGCGAGUUCCAGGAGGACCCUGUACUGCAGGUGCUAAGGGUUCAGAGGGCGGAGCUGCGGCGGCAGAAAAGGAAAGUGGAUGCCCAAUUAUCCCUCCUGCUGGGCUACACUGAAGACCCAGGGUCUUGGUCUCCUCCAGCUACAUCACCCCCCAGAUCCCCAAAGAUGCGGCUGAGGAGGGAAGGAGCCUCACUUGAGGCCAGAAGACUUUGAAGUGUACAAAUUGUUUUUCUCAAUGAAAUGCUCUUUUCAGGUUACAAGUUGUGUCUGAGGAGAGUCUUGCUAAUUUAGGAAAAUGACUCCUCCCUGCUCCUCCCCGGUCCUGCCCUACCCCCACCCUAGUCACUGAUCUGUGACACAGAAUCUCCUCUGAUUUCACCCUCUUUGAGGGCAAGGCAGGGGAGAGGAUCUAGGCAAGACUUCAGGCAAGACUGGGACUCGCCUUGACUCAAGAAUGGAUCCUCCUGUCUCAGAUGAGACAGAAGGACUGUCCUCUUGGCAUGAAGCUAAUGGGGUUAUCAGAGUGUUGGACAAUGGUUGUCCUCAGUCCACAUCCUGCUUGAACCAGCAGCAGCAUUUGGUGCAUGGAUCCCUUCCCCCUUGAAGCAUUUCCUUCCCUGCUUCUAGCAUCAGCAACCUGUCACUUUGGCGUGUCCCAGGGCUCAGGCCUUGACUUCUCCAUCUACACUCAUCCCCAGGUGCUGUUGUAGCUUCAUGGCUCUAAACCCUAUCUCUGUUCUGAUAGUCCCUAAAUUUCUAUCUUUAGCCUAGUCCUGGCCACUAAACGUCAGGCCUCUAUAUCCUGCUACCUGUAGCUCACUGUCCUCACUCAAAAGUCUAAGGGAUGUCUUAAACUACACAGGUCUUAAACUGAGCUCCCAGUCUUCCCCUAAACCUGCCCCUCCCACACUCUCCUCAGCUUCAUUCUUCCUGCUCAGUCCAAAAGCCUCAUGGUCAUCCUCGACUCCUCCCUUUUCCUCGCACCCACAGUCAGUUGGCCAGCAAGUCCCGUCACGCCUGCCUUUAAAAUCUAUCCAGAUUUUAACCCCUUCUGCCCUUUUCAUGGCCUUCACCCUAGUCUAGGCUAUCAUUAUCCAUCUGGACUAUUAAAAACCAAUUGUUUUCUCUGUGAGUUCUUUGAAACAUUUCCUAUCAAAAGGUAGAAUCUAGGUUUCUUCUUCUUGAAAUUGGGUAGGACUUUGUGACCGCCUCCAUAAACAGAAUGCAGAGGAAGUGAUACUGCUUUAAAUUUCUAAACUGGAUUAGAAAAGAUGAUACAAUUUCCACCUGUUUCUCUCCCUUUCUCUUUGGAGCCCUGGGCUGCCAUAUAAAAAGUCCCAUGCGGGGUAGGGAUUUGUGUUAUACAGGUGUGUGCACAUUGUCAAAAUGCAGCGAAAUUUUUGAAUUUCAUUGUAUGUAAAGUUUACCUCAAGAAAAACAAAUAUUGAACUCUAGUUAAAGAUAUGCAUACUGAAGUAUUUAGGGGACAGUAUACCAAUGUCUAUUUUAUUUUGAAAUACAUUUAAAAAUUAGAUUAAUGGAUGAAUAGAGUAAUAGGUGGAUGUGAGAUAAAGCAAACAGUAAAAUGUUAAUGUAAGAUCUAAGUGGUGGAUAUUUGAGUGUCCAUUGUAAAUUGUUCAACUGUGCUGUAUGUUAGAAACUUUUCAUAAUAAAAUGUUGAAGAAUAUA